UCCUGUCGCGCUCGCAUUUUCUUGGAUUCUCUGAGCCGAGGUGGAAUUAGCUUGAAAAACCUUUCAAUUUUUUGUUAGAUUUGGAAUUUUAAAACAAAAUUUUACAUAUUAACUUACUUUAUAUAUUAAAUUAGCAGUUGGCGUGUUCUAAAUUCUUACUACAAUCUGAUUUUGUGGUAUAUCUGGAGAAAUUAACAAGCAUUCGUUCAAGCUUUGCCUGGUCGUGUCGAUCAACCCAAGCCGAUGCAAUGGCCUUCUAUAAAGUCUGCCUGUACAUAUAAGGGUGGCUAUACAUAAAAGGCAUUGUAUCUUUAUUAGUCGAUAUAUUACAAGAUAUUGUAUAAAUUAUAAGACAUUGGUUGUUACCAUGUUGGUACACAGAAGUGUGGAGAAGAUACAGCGGUGAAAAGGAUAUUUCGCUCUAUGAAAUGAAAUUGGGCCAAAAUAUACAGAAUUGACCAGUCCAGCCAGGAUCCCAGCAACUCAAAAAGCUUUUAUCUUGAAAAAAGUUUUUGAACCCAACUACAGUAGUUACAAUCAAAAUAAUUCAAUGGCUUCUUCAACAGCAGUUGAUCCCCGCCAGCUCCUGAAUGCGUUGAGCUCAUUAUUGACACCAAAAGGAGAGAUAAAAGAUGAAGAUCAUGUAGAAAAAAUAUUAAGUUUUAUGAAAAGUUCACGGAAACUUGUUUCAAAGUGUAUUUACAUGAACAUCAUUAGGGCUACUCAUCCAAAAGAGGUUUUGAUGAAGUUUGUUGAGUGUGGUGGAUGGGAGAUGAUCAACCAUUGGCUUCAUGAGGGAUUGGAGAAUGAACACAACAUAGUUGUCAUAGAAAUCAUGAAGGUACUCAAGCAUUUACCAGUCACCGUUGAUAUUUUGAAGAAGAAUGAUACAGCGAAGACUAUAAAACAGUUAAGCAAGAAUGAUGGCAAUGAACUACAACCCAAUGCAAGUGAUUUAGUAGAUUCUUGGAUGAAAGUGAUCAAGCAUAGUCCUGGACCAGAAAAACCUGUGAAGAAGAGGAAGUUUAAACUUAAAAAGGAAGAAAGCAAUGGAAAUUCCUCUGAAAAGAAACCUGUUGAGAAUGUGAAAAAAGAGCCAGAAAAGACUGAAGUCAAGAAAGUUGGCAAACUAAAAAUAACACAAAUCAAAUCUGGCAAACCAGUUGCUAAGCUAAAGGAUGACAAUAGCCCAACAAACUCAAAGACUUUUGAUCCACCUAAACCGAAAAAAGCUAAAGUGUCGGGACCAGCCCAUGCUAAGCUCAGGUCAACAGGCCUAGAGCAAGCCACGCCGCUCCCAAAAAUGCGUAUUAAGAAAAAGGUUGUAAACGCCUCUAGUACGUCAGAUAAGAAAUUACCUACAACCAAAAGAGAAGGGCCAGUUUUAGAUAAACUUUCACAACCAGUUGAAAAGAAAGUGAAACAAGAAUUAGACAACAAUAAUGACACAAACAAACCAAAAGUCCUGACCAAACCUAACAAAGUCCAUACAGUCCAUGAAAGUGCAGGGUUCAUGGACGCACUGCUGGCACCUCCGACAGCACCGAUAAGACGGAAACCCAAGAAACCCCCAGUUAAGCCAAUCUCACCCAAGGGUGGGCCAAAGAAUCCAUUUGAUGUAACAGAGUCCACUGCAGAGCCGCAGAAUGAUAAAGAUGUGAAAACUGAGGCUCCAAAAAUUCGAUUCUACUCUGCGGGAACGACAGAAGAUGAGGAGACCAAUUCAACCAAUGACAAUAAAUCAGAAACAAAGAAAAAGAAGAAAUCAGUGAGAUGGAAAGCAGACGAAAACCUUGUAUCUUUUCAUUAUUUUGAAUUGGAUGAAAGUGAACGAGUAAAUGUAAAUAAAGUUUCAAAUUUUGCUGAUGCAAAACGACUAGAGAGGGAAAGCGAGAAAGAAGCUUUGAUGUCUGUGAAGAAGGUGAUACCAAACGAAGACGAAAAAUCAUCAAACGGAACAAUAGAAUAUAUGCCGUGGCAACGUCCAAUCAUGAUCUAUCUACAAAAUGCGCCAGCAGAGGUUGUAUGUAAUAGUCAAGAGAAGGAGACGCAGCGGCAACGUGAAAUGGCUGUAUUGCAGGUGCUCUUUUUUGACAAGGCAAGUCUUCCCGAUACGCCGAUGGAACCAGACCCGGAGAUCCUGGAGCCCUCUGUGGUAAAGAGAAUACCGCUGGAAGAUGAAAGCAAUGCAGAAGAGAUUUCCGAUCCUAAUAUGGCCUUUGACCCAAAUGCAGAUUAUGACGCUAAUGUGGCUUAUGACAUGAAUGGGCAACCUUACGACCCUAAUGCACCGUACGACCCUAACCAGAUGGAGGUCGGUGAUCCCAAUGCUCCUUCAACAUAUGACAACGUGCAUCAGGUUCUAUCGUCACUUAUGAACCAAGGCCAUGAUGUAGGGGGUAAUAUUAUGCAGGAAGAGGGUCUAACAUCAAAACUGAAAGAAAUUAUGGACACAUUAAAAGGAGGAGGUCCUCCAAGGAUGCCGUUUAACCCAAAUAAUCCAGGGGGUUUCAUGAGACCCCCACCAAGAGGAAGAGGCGGAUUAUUAGGCAAUGUUCCAAUGAGUUACAGAGGUCCACAUCCACCAAGGUUCCCUCCUUUCCCUCCUGGUAUGGGAGAGCCACGAGGCCCACCACCAAGGGGUCCGAUGCGAGGUAUGCGUGGUAGUCGUGGAAUGCGUGGUCGUGGUGGCCGUGGUCGUGGUGGCCGUUCUGAACCUUGCUGGCAUUUUAUGAAUCGGGGCGGUUGCAGGAUGGGUAGUCAAUGUCACUUCCUCCAUCCUGGAAUCAACGGUCCUCCGUUAUGAACUCUUCAAGAGACAACUAUCAAUCUUGAUGAUUGUAAUACUGCUGAAGACGUGGAUUUCAAUUGAUUCAAUGUCAAAUUAGAAAUGCAUAAUAAUGAGAAUAACAUCAGAGACUAUGAAAGUGUUAAAAACUAUUUAUGAUGAAUUGAGCUACAAUUGCUGCCAGAAAUAAAGUUUCAACUCACGGAAAAAAAAAACAUGUUGAGACUGCUGAUGGUCUAGUGUUGUAUUAUGCAAGUGAUUGCUUCAUAUGCAACUAUGUAAAACUAGCCAAUCAUAUCUUGCCAUUCCAACUUCCAAUGACCUGAUUGCCCAUUGAAAUUUCAAGGGUUUGAAUAAUUUUUUAAUAUAAAUUGAUCGUUCAGUAUUUUAUGCAGUCAAUGUAUCAAACUGAUUGGUAUUUCAUGUUGAAAAAAACCCCACCAUGUUUUUUAAGCUGCUUACAAAUAAAAUAGAUUAUUGAAAUAUUGCCUGUGUUAAAUUAAUGAUUUAAAAAAAUGAACUUAUUUAAUCAUGGGAAUGAGUACUUUAUUUAUCUCAAUCUUUAUAAAAAUGUUUAAUGAAUUUUAUUAUAGAAGAAAUUUUUCAAAUGGUACUGUUAAUGAAUUACUGAUUGAUUGCUAAGGAAGCAGCCUCCUCCCUACAUUGGUAGUUUCUUAGGUAACCAAGUUUGAAAGUGGUAUGUUAACCAAAGUCUAUGGAACAAGACCAGGCUGCAUAAUGGGUGAGAGGAGUGGCCCAAGAAGGCGCAAGUAAUGAUCUUGUGCAUUCCAAUCAGUUUGCCAAGCUUGAAUAUUCAUUUUGAAAACAGUCUGCAUGCAGUAUGUACCAAAUUGCUGUAUUUAUAUCAAUGCAAAGACAGCAUAGCAAGUAUACUGACGUCAUACGUGGUGAAUUUUUCGUGAAAAUAUAAGCUAAGAAUAAGUACCGUAUUCAAUUAAUUCCUAACCAUAAAACCAUUUGUAUCUAUCUAUGAUUACAAAAACAUGAUUCAGAUUUUUCUGUGACGUAAAUUUUUUAUAGGGGACUUUCCCUCAUUUCCCGAUAAUGUGAGCCAUUUUCAUCACUCCUUGGUUUAAUUGUUCUUCCGAUAAUGACAGACACCGAUUUGUAAUUUGAACAAUGUUAAGAACUUGAUUGUAUUAUUGUUUGUUUAGAUUUUUGUAAUUUAUCAUCUCUAAUCGAGAUAUGUAUAAUGUGUAUCGAUAAUGUUUGAUCAUCAGAAAAAUAAGACUAUUUUUAUAAUAAGUUGUUUGUUUUUGGUGUUUGUUCGAUUCCAUAAGGCCACAGUUUAAUGUGAAUAUGUUCGUCGACAGUGGGACAACUCGCAACUAUUCUACGACAUUGUCAACUGAAUAAAUUGAGACACAAUAUGGCAGCAAUUACAAUAACACAUUUUAGAUGAUUUUUUUUAACUCUAAUGUACAGCAUACAGCUAUUAUUGUCCUUGCAACAGAGCAGACGACGCGCAGACAACCAGUCAAUGAACUUAUGAUGAUAUAGCUUCUGUCAUAAGUGACAGCUUCACUUAACAAAUUUGGCAGUAGGGAUGAUGAAAAGAAAUACCGUGACCCCUCCGCAGUCGUUUAUAAUAAAACAUAGUGAAACUUAUAUAAAAGGCUCUACAGCAAUAAGAAUAUUUCAACGGAUGAUUAUUAUAGAAGAUUAAAUGAUCAGUAAAUGCAUAUGGAAAGACAUUGAUGUGUGUAAUCCACAAUUUGUACACGGUGGUCAACAACACAAAAAUACCAUAGCCUGAACUGUAGCUACAGAAAUUGGUGGCCUUUCGUUUUCGUUGGCAGUUGAUGCUGAAUGAGUACCUAUUGAUUAUCAUAUAUUAUGUACUGUAUUAAAAUGAGCUAAUCCUGCGUGGAAAAUGGUUGAGCCAAAUAAUUUUAGUUUGCCAAAAGAGGAAUAUAAUCCCUAUUUAAGUGAUUUGCUUGUAUUAUGCCUGUUUUUCGUAGGUAAGAUUCUUUCCAUGAAUAUAAAAAUGAUACAAAAUGCCGAUAUGGAAAUGGCUUAAAAUAAUAAAUAUGUUUGUCAAUAAGUGUGACGGUUAAACGUCGUCAAAUUUGAAA